AAACAUUUACCGACUGAUAGUCGGUGCUAGUUGAAUAUUUGGAAGGGUUUUUAGGAAAUUAAAAUGAAUAACAGCGCGCAGCUGUGUGAACCCAUGGAGCAAGUGCCGGGAGCAAAGAGGCGAACUGUUGUUGGUCCAUGGAAAGAUGUUAGGGAAUUUCGCAACGUCUAUGAAUUAUUAUUCGAUGAAGAUACCGAUGUGGAUCAACAAAAACGUGGACUAAGUCAAAUUAAUGUUUGGAGUCUGCGCCGUAGUACACAAUGUCCAGCAGGUGUGCUCGCAACUAAAGCGCUUUUAGAAGUGCAGCACUUAGAUAAGGCUGAAGGCCAACAAGCAUCUUCUGAGAGUGUUGUGCAAACGUUGUAUGCGAGCGCCUUCACACGUUUCUUUAAUUUCAUGUCAUCGACGAUGCAAACACAUAAUAUGCGUACAAUGUACGACACAGCACGUAUGCUGGGACUACCGUCGUUUGUUGUAGAUUUGCGACACAUUUGCGCGCACGGACAAGUUCUACCGCCCAUUGACAUACUACGGACCUCCGUAAGCUAUUGUUUGAAUUGGUUACGAAAUUACUACUGGUUUCCACAGUUAGAGUCAAUGUGUGAUGUGGAAGCGAGUAAAAUACGUCGCAUGGAUAAAACGCUUUUCGAAGAGAAUAUAACAAAAUUAUUUGUAAUUUACGAUGCAGCAUUGGAAUGCUAUUGUAAAGGUGCGCAUAAUAUGAAAAGUGGAAAGCGACAUAUUAGCGGCAAGCGGCUGGCACAAUUGCGUGUAUAUUAUGCUGAAAGUAAAUUAACUUCUUUAAAAGAUACGCUCGAAUUCGUUGUAAAGGAAAUAAUUGCAUUGGUCAAACGAGAGAUCGGAAUCAAAGAUAUGUCUGAAAUUUUCAUAGAAGCUCUAUUCAAGAUGAAAUAUUUUUUCAAUAUUGGAGAGUCUCAUAGCUCUGGUGAGCCACUUGAAUUCAUAAUUGCUGCGACGCACAGUUUUUUCCGCAUGUUGGCAGUUUAUGGCUUUAUUGAGGAUGUAUUUUAUAGUUUCAUAGAAUUGGCAGAGAAUACAAACGCAUUGGAACAACGCCGAACUGGGGCUAGUUUUUGGGCAGUACGAAUAGCCGCCGGCUUUGUGGCGUUUAGAAAAUGCAAGCAAAUGUAUAAAGCUGAAUUGGAUGAGAAUCCCAACACCACAGAUUUUGAUUUCACCUGUUUGAACCAAGAAAAUAUUUCGAAGAAAAUGAGACGGCACUUAAUUUAUGCAGGUGUCGAUCUUAAAUGUACACCAAUUUUUGGGGACUCUAUGCGUCGACCUUGGGUCUGGGUGGUUGAAAGAAGUUUUGUUGAACAAAAAUUGCGCGAUAUCAAUCAGUAUAAUGCACCAAUUAUUAAAAGCAUACUACCGCUGGUGGAGCCGCCGCUAACUACUUCGGAAAUUCGAGGCAUUUCGCUGCUUAUUGAUGCCUACUUUGGCAAGCGAGUUGGCCUUAAAAAGAAUGCUGCUGAGCAAACAAAUGACGACGAAACCAUACACACCGCAAGUGAACUAUUGCAAGCGCUUGAAAAGCAGAACAGCACUCAUGAAAAAAUGGAUUGCGAAGUUUCAGAACCAGUGGUAAAUGAUAAAGAACAGUAUGGCAUUUGGACGAUAGAAAAAAAUGAUGAAUUAAUCAAUUGGUCGGUGUGUCCUUUGGGGCGUUUACCAUGGGAGUAAUCAAAUGAUUGACUGUAAUGAAGUUUAGCACUACUUUCCCCUGCACCAUAGACAUGUGUAUAGAUAAAUAUCAAUGAAAUAUAUUAAUGAUAUAUUAUAAAUAUCAAUGUAUAAUUGAUAACCGCGUA